CAGGAGCCUGGACCGUAGGAAAUAACGCUUGUUUGAAUCUUUGGCGGUGCACUGGGUUGUCGCAGCAAAAAGAAACAAAGAUGGACAAUAAUCUUUCCAGACUUUUAGUUGGGCUUUCUAUUCAGAUCAGUCGCAGUGAUGGUCGAAUCCAUUCAGCCAUCGUUAAAUCCGUUGAUGCCUUCAAGUCUACGGCAAUGGUUGAAUGGCAGGAGAGGAAAAUCAGCCGAGGGAAGGAGAUUGAGAUUAGCGAGUUAUGCCAUUUAAAUCCAGAGCUUUUGGACCAUGUAAAUGCUGCCACCAGAGCUGCUGAACUGCCAUCUGCUGCUCCUGACAAGAAGUAUGAGGGUCGACUUCGCUCAUCCCGUAUCCCUGCUCCUUCUUCCUUCUCAAGUCCAUGGGCCAAAAAUAACGAGGAGUCAGUUGCCUUACGGUCUCAGACACGGCAGACAUGUUUGUUCCAGCCACCAGCAUCUGUGGUGUCACCAGUGGCAACAAGCAAUGCGUCCUCUCAAGGGAACCCAGAGACAAUCUGUCCUGAAAUGAACCAGUCAGUGCAGCCUACCAGCUCUGCUCACCCUUUUCAGCCGCGGAGAGGAAAUGAAGCCAAACUAGCAGAGCCGCUGCCUCCUGUUGAUGAGUCGGUCAAAGAAAACGAGCCUGACAGAAUGCCUUCUCUGCCUUCAGCAAGAGGCAGAAGAAAAUCUGUGGCUCAGGAAACAAACAAAAGCAACAAAAGGAUUUCCAGUGUCAUGAAGCCCUUUGACAUGCAACCCAAGAAAGGAAAGUUUGGAGAGUCAUCUCGACCAAAUCAGAAGUUCUAUGAGAUGAUCCAGGAUUUUAGAGAAACCUUGGAAAUAACUCCGAUAACCACUUCUGACCCGAUUGAGCCUCACAAGAUUUGUGUGUGUGUUCGCAAACGGCCUCUAAACAAGCAGGAGUUUAACAAAAAGGAGAUUGAUGUGGUGUCCGUUCCUGGCAAAGGUGCGUUACUGGUCCAUGAGCCAAAGCAAAAAGUGGACCUGACCAAGUACUUGGAGAACCAGGUCUUCCACUUUGACUACUCCUUUGAUGAGAAUGCCACCAACGAGCUGGUCUACAAGUUCACAGCCAAACCUUUGGUGCAGUCCAUUUUUCAAGGUUGCAUGGCGACUUGCUUUGCCUACGGCCAGACUGGAAGUGGCAAGACCCAUACAAUGGGAGGUGACUUCACAGGAAAGCAGCAGAACAGCGCUAAAGGAAUCUAUGCCUUAGCAGCCCAGGAUGUUUUCACCAAUCUCAACCACAGGAGGUUUGCUAAUCUGGAUCUGUGCGUCUAUGUGAGCUUCUUUGAGAUUUACAACAGCAAAGUGUAUGAUCUGCUGAACAAGAAGGCCAAGCUGCGUGUCUUAGAGGAUGACCGACAACAGGUCCAGGUGGUGGGACUGGAGGAGGUCUGUGUGUCCUCAGCAGAAGACGUCAUCAGGAUUAUACAAACAGGAAGUGCAUGCAGAACAUCGGGGCAGACCUCAGCCAACGCAAACUCCUCCCGCUCCCACGCCAUCCUCCAGAUUGUCCUGCGGUGCAAUAAUCGUGCUGCCACUUUGCACGGCAAAUUCUCAUUGAUCGAUUUGGCGGGAAACGAGCGUGGCACGGAUGUCAGAAGCAACGAUCGCAGCACUAUGGUGGAGACGACCGAGAUCAACCGCAGCCUGUUGGCUCUCAAGGAGUGUAUCCGUUCUCUAGGGAAGAACAGUGAUCACAUUCCUUUUCGAAUGAGUACAUUGACCAAAGUGCUCAGGGAUUCCUUUAUUGGAGAAAAGUCCAGAACCUGCAUGAUUGCCAUGGUGUCUCCAGGAAUGGCCUCAUGCGAAUACACAAUGAACACACUUCGCUACGCAGACAGAGUGAAGGAGCUGAAUGCUAACUCCAAAGUCACAGCACAGAAGGGGAAGGAGCCAAUAAACAGUUCUUCCGAAGAGGAUUCUUCUGUUGAUACCAGUGUGCUGGACAUCAUAUCUCAAGUUGCAGAGUUUGAAGAAAAAGUCUAUGGAGAGCUGAAGAGAGCAGAUGAAGUUGUUAAGGAAAUGGACAAAAUCUCAUACAACAUUGAGGAAGGGCUUCCUGAGCUGGUGGACUACUCCAGGAAGUUGAUGGACUCAGUUCUGGCUCUACAAUCUGCUGUCACAAAGGAGCGCAUGGCCAGGCUGAACCUCUGAAAAGCCAGAUAUUCCUGCAGAGAGACAAAUUUUCAUUUUUCAGCUAUUUUUAUUGUAAUGUAUAAUUUGUUAAAUAAAAUGCAACACUAACAAUAAAAAGAGGAAAAAAAACAAUAAUGGCAU